UCACUAAUUGAAUGCUUGUUAAUAUUUUUAUAUAUUUUUUAAUUUAGAAAUGAAAGAAUAAAUGCCUAAACGACACCCAAAUGCCAUGGAGCUUAACGCGUGAGCUUUAAAUAUAUGGUUUCACAUGCCAAAAUGUCCACUUAUGGACGCAUUCUAAGCAUAUUGAUUUGGAAAAAUUUUCAGAUAUAUCCUCUGUCCUCUGACCUACCAUUAAAUUAAUUCUUAUUUUCACCUUGACAGAAACAACCUUUUAAACCUAUCCAACGCUAGACAUAUGUUGUCUCUUCUCAUACCUCUCUCUCUCUCUCUCUCUCUCUCUCUUGUCACUCAUACUUCAGGAUUGAAGCAAAAGAAGAGCACUUUCUUUGUUACAUGUGAGGCUUAGUGUUUGAAUUCAGAAUAGUGGAUAAAGAAAUUUUGUUUUUUGAAAUGAACCCAUUUUUGUUUGUUGGUCAUAGAUCAAUGGGUUUGGUCUUGAUUUUGAUCUUCUUCUUAUCUCUCAUCAGUUCUAUCUCACCUUCUUAUGGGUUUGAUCCAUUGGAUCCUCAUGCCAAUAUUACCAUAACAUGGGAUCUUUUGCAAUCAGUUUCUGGUACAAAUGAUGUAAGGGUGUCAUUAUACAACUUCCAACUAUAUCGCCAUGUGGAGGUGCCUGGCUGGAAACUGAAUUGGGAUUGGGUAGGCAAUGAAGUGAUAUGGGGUAUGUGGGGAGCUGAGGCUACCGAGCAAGGAAACUGCUCAGUAUUCAGGGGAAGCCAACUCCCUCAUUGCUGUGAAAAAAGUCCGGUGAUUAUUGACCUUAUGCCUGGAGCUCCAUAUAAUAUGCAGUCCCAGAAUUGCUGCAAGGGAGGUGUCCUGUCAUCCAUGAAACAAGACCCUUCAAGAUCUGGUGCCACUUUUCAGAUGAAUGUUGGUGGUCAUGCUGAUUAUUCCAAUUUCGUGAUGCCAGAAAAUUUUACUCUUGGGCUUCCUGGUUAUACUUGUGGGAAUGCAUAUGAGGUGCAGCCAAGCAGGUAUCCUGCAGAUGGAGGCCGCCGAUGGACUCAGGCUCUUUCGACAUGGAAUGUGACCUGUAUCUAUUCCCAGUUUAUUUCAUCAGCAACACCAAAGUGUUGUGUUUCCCUUUCGGCAUUUUACAAUGACACCAUUGUUCCCUGUCCCAAAUGCAGCUGCAGAUGCCAAGGACAACCUGGGGCAACAUGUGUCAAGCCAGGGGAGAUUCCAUCAAUGCUGGAACAAGUACACGAUCCAAAUGAAGAACCACCAUCAAUUGUAAGGUGUUCGCAGCACAUGUGCCCCAUUCGGGUGCACUGGCAUGUGAAAGAAAGUUACAAGCAAUAUUGGAGGGUUAAGAUGACAGUAACGAAUCAUAAUAUCUUGAAAAAUUAUUCUCAGUGGAACUUGGUGGUGCUUCAUCCCAACUUGAAAAGCUUGACACAGGUUUUCAGCUUCAACUAUUCGCCCCUCAAUCAGUACGGAAUUAUCAAUGAUACCGGAAUGUUUUGGGGGAUUGAAUACUACAAUGACAUGUUACUCCAAGCAGGUAAGAGUGGAAAUGUACAAACUGAAAUGUUACUACGCAAAGAUCCAGGGAUUUUCACUUUCAGAGAAGGAUGGGCUUUCCCAAGAAAAAUUUCAUUUAAUGGUGAUGAAUGUGUCAUGCCCCCACCAGAUGAUUACCCAAGGCUCCCCAAUAAUGCUUACAGGAAGUUCAUUAGUUCUUAUAUAGCGAUUCUCUCACUGUUGCUUGUAGUUGUGUUCUAAAAAUGUCUACACAUUAGUGAUUUUUUACUCUUUUUAAGUGCAGAGGCAUUGCUUGUGUUUACUGAAAGAUAUCAUUGAAUAUAUUAGUAGUUUUUAGACUUUAA